AUGGAACCUCAGCAUUCAAAUCCUGUUCAGCUGCUCUGUCUCCUAGGGGUCAUCUCCACUGUGCUCUGUAUGUCCUGGACCAAAAGGGGAGUAGUAGAUUAUAAAGGCUGCAGCCCAGUUUCACCAUACCCUCAGAAAGCCUCCUGCAUUGUGGCACUCCCUGGAAUUUCCAAUGCCUCCUACUUCUGCAUCUGCCACAUAUAUCUCUGUAAUAGUCUCACGGGGAUCUUUUCUGAAACUCAAGGCUUGCAUUUCUCGACUAUAACCUGUUCUUCCCAGGUUUGCCCAACCUGUCUGGUAGACACACUGGGGAAUGCUCCAAGUUACGUCUCUUCUAAGUCUUGCCCCUGUGAUGCUAUUAUCUGUUGCAGCUCCAAGUUAAACUUUCAGGCAAGACCUCUGAACUUCACCUUCCUCCUCAUGGGCUGUGCACAUACAGGCCAAGUUGUAACACAUUUUCAGACUAUUAAGACCAUCAGAGUGUUGGAAGUCAUCAACAUCAUAGAGAGGUCCCAGACUAUUGAGCUGGACUAG